AGCACACAGUAACAAAUUUAUCAUCGAGAAAACUCACAACAGAAGAGACUUCAGUCCUGGCAAAAGGUCAUAAAUUCAACGUCACCACAGAUAACCUCCCCCUGCCCAAGAUUAUCGCCGCCCUCGAAAGCGGCAUCCAGCAGCUGGACCCUAAAGUACGGGAACCGCUCAGAAUAAAAGCAAUAGGCAUAAUAAGGUGCAAUAACAACCGCCGAAGAGAAAGAAACUUGUCGUCUGACGAAAUAAGAGCGCUGCGAUUACUGAGGGAAGAUGGGGACAUUGUAAUUCUACCAGCGGACAAGGGCAACUCAACCGUCGUGUUAAACACGCAGGACUACGAGGAAAAGGCGUCCACCCUCCUUAACAGCGAGGACUACGAAAAAUUAAAAAAGGACCCCACCACAAGGACCCAAUCAGUACUGAAUAAGACGCUCGUCGAAAUUUUCCGAAACCACCCAAGCUCUCGAAAUCUUUAUCUAAAAUUAAUGUGCAGGAACGGGUCCGCACCAGCCUUUUACGGCUUGCCUAAACUCCAUAAACCCGGAAUCCCCUUACGGCCAAUCGUAGACUUUUCGUGCUCCCCACUUCGAUCACUAUCCACAUACUUGCACCAGAUUAUAUCACCACUCACUGGAAGGACAGCAUCCCACGUGCGCAACCCCGAAAACUUCAUCAAGCUGAUAUCAAAUGUACGCCUCGAAGAUGAUGAAUGCCUGGUCUCUUUUGAUGUGAUCUCGUUGUUCACCAGAGUACCCAUUCAGUUAGCUAUAUCCGCAACAAGGGAUGCCCUGGAACGCGACGACACACUCGACGAGAGAACCCCCUUGAGUGUAGACGAGAUCUGCCGCCUUCUCGAGCUAUGCCUAUCAAAUACCUACUUCACCUUCCGAGGCAGCUACUACAAGCAGGUAAAAGGAACUCCCAUGGGGGCCUCAAUUUCCGUCACCAUGGCUAACCUAACUAUGGAAAAUAUCGAAGACAGAGCUCUGAGUACUUUUUCCCCGAAGCCAAAAGUUUUCCUCAGGUACAUGGAUGAUUGCUUCUGUAUCGUGAAGGAGUCGCAAGUCGAAAACCUGCAGAGCCAUUUAAAUUCCAUAGACCCGGAUAUACAGUUCACGUCGGAGCGCGAACAAAACGGAUCGCUACCAUUCCUAGAUGUACAAGUUACACGAACCAACGGCAAUCUAAAAUUCUCAGUCUACCGAAAACCAACCCACACAGGCCGCUACCUACACUUCUCAUCCAACCAUCCGGCAAACCACAAGGCAUCGGUCGUAAAUUCUUUAUUGAGAAGAGUCGAAACUCAUUGCACAUUGGAAUCAGAUCAAAAGAAAGAAAGGAGAACGGUUCUCAACGAACUCAAAAGGAACGGCUAUACAACGGAAUUCAUUCGAAAAACAACCCGACAACAAAAAAGAAAAAACAAACUACGAGACCUACAACCGUUGACUCCCCCUCGACCACAGAAACGAGUGUCCAUCCCAUACGUCAAAGGUACCAGCGAAGCUCUCAGCCGAAUAUUGAAAAAAGAAGGCCUCAAAGUCGCGCAUAAACCGAUGAACACUUUGAAUAUCCUCAUUCCUAAACCAAAAGACCGUCCACCAAAAGAAAAAGCUCAAGGCGUCGUCUAUAAAAUCAGCUGUGCCGACUGUCCGGCGUCGUACAUCGGGGAAACCAAAAAUCUAAAAGAAAGAAUCAGACAACAUGAAAACGACGUCAGAACAUUCAACCGAAUACGCAGCGCCGUCGCCGAACAUUCCGAAGACGCCGACCACAAGAUUUCUUUCCAAGAAACCCAAAUCCUUCAAACAGAGACAAACUGGCGAAAAAGGCUACUACUCGAGUCUUGGCACAUUCAGAACACGGCGGGUAAUAUAAACCGCGUGAAGGGCAUUCUUCCUUCGCUGUAUGUUCACGGCCUGGCAGACGUGCGCGACCUCUUCGCGAAGCUUCAGGAAUUCGUUGGGAGAGGUGGCGGAAGCACUCUCCUCUUGCACAUUUGCGACGAAGACGGACGGGUUUGCUGCGGCCAUGAUCGUGUCACCGAUGGCGGCCAUCUUGCCGAGAUCCUUACAAGCCACUGUGGCAAGCGCCACUCGGAUGUUGUUGGGGAGACGCUAAAGAAACGUCUUGCGCAGGAGCUUGCUGUCGAGACCUGUAACGGUUCCCACAAGUCGCUGCACGUGGCGCAGUAG